UCAGCAUUCGCCGUUGUGUAUCGAACGACAAAUAUUUAGCCUACAGGCCAUGCUGUGCCGAUGUGACAGUUCAACAUCAUGACCGGCACAUUCAGUACGAUGUUCACGGGUGGAUCAGAGAUGGUUGUCACCAUGGACAGGACUGUAUUUGAGGUGACAUCUUACAUCUAUGUGUUUUGGGCAUUAUCUGUUUUGAUUGCUCUACAAUUUGUGAAUGCCCCGUACGGACGGUACACGCGCGAGGGAUGGGGUUUGCAGAUUAAUGGAAAGCUGGCAUGGUUCCUACAGGAGAUCCCCUCUAUACUAGUGCCCAUGUACUUGUUAUUAUUUACAGAGUCUCCAACGAUAUCGUAUACGCCUAACAGGAUUAUGUUAUCGUGUUUUCUCAUUCAUUAUUUCCAGCGGUCACUGAUAUUUCCAUUCCUAAUAAGGGGAGGUAAGCCGACACCAUUGGUACCAUUUGUACUUGCCUUUGUUUUCUGUCUUGUGAACGGAUACAUCCAGGCGGGAUAUCUGCUCCACCAUGCAGACUUUGGGGACAAGUGGACUUCAAACCCUCAGUUUUACUUAGGAGUAGUCAUGUUUUUUGUUGGGAUGUUUAUAAACAUACAUUCUGACCACAUUUUACGGAAUCUCAGAAAACCAGGGGAGAAAGGAUACAAAAUUCCACAAGGGGGAAUGUUUGAUUAUGUGUCUGGUGCUAACUUUUUCGGAGAGAUAUGUGAAUGGUGUGGGUUUGCUGUGGCCUGUGGAACUCUGCCAACAUACAGCUUUGCUCUCUUCACUGUCUGUAAUAUAGGACCUCGUGCGUGUCAACACCACAGAUACUACUUGGAGAAGUUUGAAGACUACCCAAAGGAAAGGAAGGCCGUGAUUCCAUUUGUGAUCUGAUCAACUAUAAGAAUUCCAUUUGUAUUUCUGGUCUGCAGGACAUCUCCGAGUCGGAAUCUGUUGUUCCAUUUGUAAAUAGUAAGCAGGACAAUCAGUUAACUUGAGACAAGACAGUGUUAAAUAGGUGCCAAAAUUAGAUUACUGAGGUAUUAAGUUUUAUAUUCCUGCUGGAACUUGUUUCUUAUACUUUACAUUUGAUCUUUUACUUGAUGUGAUUUUACUUUUCUGCUAGAUAUUAAAAGAGUUAUAUCUACUAUAA